UUUUGCUUUAUCUAUGGCACUAACAGUAAGUAUAUGUACACCUUUUUUUUACAUCUCUUUUGUAUUGUAUUAAUUUCUUCUAUAUACUUCUAACAGCCCAAUUGCCAUUGUUAUUUUACCUAGUUCAAUUCAAUGGAUAACGAAAAUAAUGAGGAAGAAAUCAAUAGGAAGAGGAAGAAUUUUUUCACUCAUAAUGAAAAUCGACGAUGUAAAGAAGGAGAAGGAGAAGAAAAAGAGGACCAAGAGAAGAAUGGUUUCUUGGACUUGGAUCUUACAUUAAUGUUUCGUAGUACUACUAGACCUCGAUUACAAUCACCUGAAAAUAAUAAUAAUAAUCUUCCAUCGCUGUCAUUACCUCCUCCUACUUUGUACCUCCAAGUGCAGUCGAUUUUAGCAUCAACACCACCAAUAGAAGCCAGUCCUCAAGUGCAGUCAGCACGCAGACCGCGUAAAUCCUCCAGAGUGGCUAGAGAGGGGAUGAAUGAAGCCAUACCUCCUCCUUUUCCUUGGGCAACAAGCCACAGAGCAACGGUGCAUUCGUUAGAAUACUUGUUAUCCAAGCAACUUUUCAAAGUAAGCGGAGAAGUUCAGUGCAAGAGGUGCGAGAGGAAGUACCAAAUGGAGUUCGACUUGAAGGAGAAGUUCCUGGAGAUAGGAAGUUACAUCGCGGAGAAUAAAUCUGCUAUGCAUGACCGUGCCCCGGACAUUUGGAUGAACCCUAUACUUCCAACUUGUCAAUUUUGUAAACAAGAAAACAGCGUAAAACCCGUUGUUUGUGCUGAUAAGAGUAACAUAAAUUGGUUGUUUUUGUUACUUGGGAAGAUGUUGGGAUGUUGUACUCUCGAUGAACUUAAGUAUUUCUGUGAACAUACAAAGAAUCAUCGUACAGGUGCAAAGGAUCGUGUUCUUUAUUUGGCAUACUUGACGUUGUGCAAACAACUUGAUCCCAAUGGCCCUUUUGAUCGUUGA